GUUCAGAAGCAAACACACAACCUAGCUAGUUCCAUCUUGCAUAAGCUGCUCGAUCGAUCACUAGCUAGGGUUAGCUAAGAACUCGAUCGGAUAGAUAUGGACGGCGGAGGCGAGAGCACCAAGUAUCGCGGCGUGCGGCGUCGCCCGUCCGGCAAGUUCGCGGCGGAGAUACGAGACUCUAGCCGGCAGAGCGUCCGCGUCUGGCUCGGCACCUACGACACUGCGGAGGAGGCUGCGCGGGCCUACGACCGCUCCGCCUACGCCAUGCGCGGCCACCUCGCCGUGCUCAACUUCCCCGCCGAGGCACGCAAUUACGUCCGCGGUGGCUCGUCGUCGUCCAGGCAGCAGGUGAUCGAGCUGGAGUGCCUGGAUGACGAGGUGCUGCAGGAUAUGCUCAAAGGAGACGAUCCGCACAGAUCAGGUGGAAAGAAGAAUUAACUAUUCCUCCACAUAAUACUGAAUUGCUACUUAUGCAUGACAAAUUCAUGCAUCAUCAGUACUACAUCACCUGAUCGGCUGAUCGUGUAUUGAUCAUCUGUGCAUGCAGAAGCAGACGAGCUUCUGAUAUAUCUUUCCAUAUAUGGAUUUCCUUUUUUCCCUCUAGGUGUUCAAUCAAAAUUGAUGUGAUGUGAG